ACAAAUUUCACUGAUUGCGAACCCGAACAGCGAAUUUGACUGCACCUUCGAGUCUGCGCUGCGCGAUCGAUAAGAAUUCGUAGAUAAAGAUUCAGUUUGCGAGGUCAGAGACGUAUAUGGCUUGCAUAGUAAAAGAGUGUGCAAGACGACAGAUUUUUUGAAUAGUAAAAAUGGAUACUUCAGGUGCUUAUGGCGGCGGUAAGGCUGGUGGAGCUUUCGAUCCACAGGCAUUUAUUCAGAAGCCCACAGUGAUCGUCAGGGCGGUAUGUUGGCUAUUCUGCGUGAUUGUAAUGGGAUGUAUAUCAGACAAGGGCUGGUACGUCAAGAAGGCUGAUAACCAGGAGUACUGUGUCUACAACGAUGACACGAACGCCUGCAACUAUGGUGUCGGCAUAUCAGUUAUAGCGUUUAUAGCUUGCGUGGCUUUCAUAGUUGGGGAAUAUCUCUUUGAGCAGAUGUCAUCAGUGAAAACUAGGAAACAUUAUGUUCUUGCAGAUUUGGGCUUCUCUGGGUUCUGGGCCUUCCUGUACUUCGUGGGUUUCUGCUACUUGUCUAACGCCUGGGGCAAGACUGAAAACCCGCCCAUGGGCACCGCUAACAACAUGCAAGGCGCUAUUGCUUUCUGUUUCUUCUCCAUUUUUGCUUGGGUGGCAUGUGCUUUCUUCGCGUUCCAACGGUUCCGAAUGGGUGCUGAAGCGGCGUUUGCUCCGGCCUACGAGGUAGAAGGCACUGUGGGGAGCCCGGGAGGAUUCCCUGCAUACCCGGGCGCGCCUGACCCCCAGCCCCCAUAUAGCGACCCCCCAUUCUCGCAGCAACAGACUGGUAACGUUGAGUACACAGCCCCAACCUACUAAGAUCCUAUGAAUCAGUUUGUUUUGCUUGGAGACAGUAAAAAGAUCUCAAAAAUUAUAGUCAAACUAAAAUCUUUAUUUUAUAUUAAGUUUGAUGAUAUUUAUUAUGCAGUACUAGUUUUAUUAUAGAUUUAUUUACAUUAUGUGUCUCACCAAAGUAUGUUUUACAAAUUAUCAAAAUUAUUUAUCUUUUUGUUAUUGUGAGUAUAACACAAUCAACAUAUUAAAUUUAACCUUAACAAAUGUAAAAUGUCAUAUAGCUUUAGAAGUGACAAGAGAAUUCAAGAUUCAAAUGAAAGUUUUGAAACUGUUUGUAAAAAAUGUUUAAUUUUUAGUACUUAGGUAUUGAUUGUUUUUUUUUUACAUAAUAUUGAAAGAAUUUUAUUCACUUAUUGAUUUUUGUACCUAAUAGGUAUAUGUAUAUUUGACAAUAUUCCCUUUACAUCGUUGUACUAUAAGAUCUAUAUGUAAAUAAAAAGUUUAUUCAAUGUAGUGCCAUAGUAUCAUCUGUUGUAAGAUCCUAUAAAUAGAAAAAAUCGGGUUUUUUUUUCUAAAUACAGGAUUUUAGUUCUGAGUGGUUUGCUUUAUUCUAAUACCAAAUAUACUAGAAACAAAUUUAAAUUAAUGGAUGCGAAGUAUUAAUCUCUAGUCUAUGUACAUUUAUUUUAAAGAUAAUAAAACUAAAGCAGUCUUGUUGUGCUGAACUAAUGUACUCGAUCUAUCAAAAUGUUAUGAAGUGAAGAAAAAAAAAGGUCGGUGCACUGGUUUAAAGUUUAAUAAAAUUAAUUCGGUUAUUAUUUUUAUGAAUAAAAGAGCAUGAAAAUAUCACCUUGUAAACAGUUAUAUAUGUAAUAUACACAUACAAUCAUUUUGUCUGUAUCAAACAUAAAUCAAUGUCCAAUUGUAUUGGCUUUAGACACCAAUAACACCGUGACAAUUCAAAUCUAUACUAUUAAUCUGAAGUUUUAAUAUCCAUGAUGAUAAGUAAAUGUUAGUAUUUUACUAAAUUAAUGCAAUAUGUAUCAUGUAAGUAGAACUAUAAGUGUGGUCUAAGUAAGGUACAAAGCUGUUUUGAAUCAUUCAUAUAGAAACAAUGUUGCCAUCUUAAUAUAAGGACAGUAAAUACUGGCCUAUAUGUGUAAGGCUUGAUGUUUUAGCGUUCUAGUAGUAACAUUUCAUGUACAACCAGAUAUUUUUAUUCUGGUUUUAUCUUAAUAUGUAUAUUGUUUGUAAGUUGAAAAUGUAUAAAUGUUUAUAGAAUUUUUCACUUCCAUAGCUUGCACAGUUAUUAGAUUUUAGUAAAGUGAAAUAUAUUAAAGGCUUAUGCAUUUGAUCAUAUUUUUGUGUUAAAUGUAUAAAAUAAUAUUUCUAAAUGGCAUUAUAUUAAAUUGUAUUUUCAAAAUGUUACAAUGAGAAAAAAUAUCUUUAAUAAAGCUUUUGAGACUUGUUAAUAGAAAAAUAUGUAAGAUGUUGCAUAGAUAGCUAUUUAUUCAGUAUUAUUACAAAUAGAAAUUGUGCUUGUCGCCUUUGUGUUGUUUAUUUUACAGAUCUGUGCUUUAGAUAUUGGUAGAUUAGAAUAUAUAUUAAGUAUGUUUUGAUUUUAACUAAGAGGAUGAGUGAUGCAAAAAUAUUUAUUUAUCACUGGAAAUUUCAAAAUUAUUAAAUUAUUAUUUAGACUCUUGUAUAAUUUAUAAUGUCAAUACUUCUCUCAAGUCUAAAAAGAUAUAUCAGUUACUGUACUUAAUUUACUUGAAGGAUAUUCAGUGUUUGUAGUCAAAAAUGAUUAGCAACUGAGCUAGUGUCAUACAAACAGGUUUCAGUUACAUUUUGAAAAUAAACCUCUUGGCAGUUUUUACGAGUAUCAAAUUUUUCAAAUCCUACAGUAUAUUGUAGCAGAAGAUAACCCAAGAAAUUAUUUUUAUUAGAUUGUAAACUUAGAAAUAUAAUUUCUACUUUUCACAGCUGAUCUUGCUGCUAUUGGCAUAAUUUUUGUGUAACGCACAAUAAAAUUUAUCACAAUUUUGAUAGUGAAAAUUAUGUUUCUAAGUUUAGCCUUAUUGUGUAUCUGUAUUAAAUGUAAACUGAAGAAUAUAGGUAUUGUGAAAAUUGCUGUCUUUUUUA